AUGAAAGUUAAUGAGCCACAACACGGGCCGAGUGAAAAUAGAUAUGGUGUUUAUAAUAUUGAGAGAAGUCAACUUCGUCCUAAUUAUGAGAUUGAUUUUUGUGACCUUGAACCAAUCAAAGUGUUCCAAUUGUCAACGGUACAAGGUGAAAAUAGAUAUACAUACAUUUCAAGUUAUAUAGAAAGUUCAGCAGAGCGUCCUUUUUGUUUUAUUCAAGGUAGUCCAGUUAAAGUCCUGGUUGACAUCUCUGUGGCAUCUUUUAGCAGCAUCAGGGAGGUAGAUAUGGAAUUUGGAUUGGACAUGUUCUUUCGUCAGCACUGGCGAGACACGAGGCUUUCUCACAACAUGACAGCGAAGAUGACGCUGACGAUGGGAACCAAACACCCUGCAGACUACAUCUGGGUUCCAGACACAAUGUUUGUAGACGCCACCAAAUCCAAUAUGCACAAUGUCCUUACAACCAAUCACAAGCUCGAUAUCUCUGCAAACGGAAAAGUGGACUGGGGAACAAGGGCAACAUUGGUAGCGAGGUGUCACAUGAAUUUGAGAAGAUUUCCUUUGGAUGAGCAAACUUGUUCCUUAAACAUUGUGAGCUGUGAGUAGAGGUUGAUCUCCACAGACAGUCUCGCUGGGGGUGCUGUACCAUGUAGCCUCAGUAAUCGUGUCUGUAACAAAAUUCUCGAACGUGAUUGGCUCUCCCCGCACCUAUCUGUCACGCAAUCGGCGCACGAUCCCGUGGGUGUCCAAUGACAGG